AUGCAUAGAAGUGAUGAUAUGAUUAUUGCUGUACCGGAGAGCGCAUUAGAGCGAACAUUGGUAUUUAUUGUUGGUAGUUUAGAUGGUGAUUUAAUUCAUUUAAUAACAAUAUUCAAACAAUGUCAAAUGCCACCAAAAUCACAUUACAUCUUUCUUG